GGUGCUUGACUACUUCAGAAAAAUGUGGGUGGAAUAACCUCAAAUUUUUGUUUUAAAUUUGCAGUUUCUCUAUAAUCCUUUCUCUCCUCUCCAGGUGCUGGGGAUAUGUUGCGUGCAUACAGCGACAUGCGGGAGGCGAAUUAUAAAAAUGCAGAUAAAUAUUUCCAUGCUCGUGGGAAUUAUGAUGCUGCUCAAAGAGGACCUGGUGGUAAAUGGGCAGCAAAAGUUAUUAGUGAUGCUAGGGAAGGUUGGCAGGGUGGCAUUAGUGGCAGAGGAGCAGAAGACACACGUCAAGACCAGGAGGCAAAUGCAUGGGGCCGAAGUGGAGGAGACCCAAACCGCUACAGACCAGAGGGCCUUCCCUCGAAAUACUAAUGCAGUCUGUAAUACUUUACAAUGGUUCAAUUUUUCUACUAGCUGUG